UGUAAGAGCUUCAUCAUGGAACAGACAGCAGGAGACAAUAACUCAUCUCCAUCUACUUAACAGAACACAGUAGUGACAUGCACUACUGUUCUCUACAUAACAGCCUGUGCUUCGGACAGUGAAAGCUCGAUAUAAAUCUUACAAUGGACUUUUUCAACUCUGCUCUUGGGAAAAACAUCACUUUUGUGCGUCCUGCUUAUUUCAUAAUAAGUGGUUUAUCUGGAAUCCCUAAUAUUAAGUAUUACUAUGUCUUUCUCUUUUUUGUUUACAUUGUUUCAGUGCUGGGAAACACAAUUGUGAUGGCUGUAAUAUGCUUGGAUCAUAAUCUGAGAACUCCAAAAUAUAUUGCAGUUUUUAAUUUAGCAUUUGUGGAUCUGUUUGGUAACUCUGCUCUGGUGCCAAAGCUUCUUGACAUCUUCCUAUUUAACCAUCGUUACAUCCCCUACAACGACUGCUUGGCGUUCCUUUUUUUCUGCUUCACCUGCCUUUCAAUGCAGGCUCUUAAUCUGGUUGCACUCUCCUAUGACAGACUGAUAGCUAUCAUCUUCCCAUUGCAUUAUCAAGUGAAGAUGACCCACAGGUUCAUGCUGUCUCUGAUUGCCUCUUUCUGGAUAUUGGUUAUAAUUGCUGUGCUUAUUGCAGUUGGCCUUCUUACAAGACUUUCCUUCUGUAAGUCUGUGGUUAUUAACAGUUAUUUCUGUGACCAUGGCCAGAUAUAUCGACUGGCUUGCAAUGACUAUACACCCAGCUUUGUCAUUAGUGUUUUGUUACCAUUUGUUAUUCUUUGGCUCCCUCUGAUAUUUAUCUUGUUUAGUUACCUAUAUAUUGGCUUUGCACUGUCUAAAGUAGCGACAGUUCAGGAAAGAGUCAAGGCCUUUAAAACCUGCACAGGUCAUCUUUCAUUAGUGGCAAUUUAUUUUCUCCCAAUAUUAAUCACAUUCACCUUGAUGGGAAAUAUACAUCCAAAUGCCAGAAUCAUUAACUUGUCUCUGACCUCUGUUUUUCCUCCCAUGUUGAACCCAAUUAUUUAUGUUCUGCAGACACAAGAAAUCAAAGAAUCUAUAAAAAAGUUAUUUAAAAUCAGAGUGCAAUCCAAAAUUACAACAAAAAAGUAACCGUAAUGGUAGCAUUUGUUGAUGUUUUGGGCCUUUUGUUUUUUGACAUUGUUUUCAUUACAGUAAGAUGGCCAUGAUGAAUACUAGAUUUGUCUGAAAAUGUAUGUAUUAUUUAUCAAAUAACAGUUUUUAAAGAACAAUCACUGAAAUGAAAACCAUUUGUAAAUAUAGCAUAAUACAAUUAUAACUACCAUGUAUACUUCUCUUACAGUGCAUGAACUGAUGUAGAGUAAUAAUAGUGCUUGUGUGAGAACCGCAAGAACAAGGAAAGCAACUGAUAGUGUUUUUUAUAGGAAUGUUUGUAUCCAUACAACAAAGUUAUCAAUAUAUAGGUUUCUUAUUCGUUUUCAAGGUUAUCCACAAAACCAUUGCCACUAUCCAGUAAAGUCCUUACAGAAACCCCACAUGCAAAAUAUGUUACGUUUUAGGGAAAUUACAAAGGGAACAUAAAUAUAAAUAAAAAAAGUGCAGUGACUGCAUUUUUCUUCUUUUUAUG